ACUCCUCCCCCCCACCCCCCGCUCCCCACUUCGCCUGCGGCGGUCGGGUCGGCUUCCUGCGCCGUAGCUGUCGCUGUCGUUCCUUCGAAGCGCAACUCCCCCUUCCCCGCCCCAGUCCCAGUCCCCGUCCGGCCGCCGACGUGAAGAUGAGUAGCUCUGAGGAGGUGUCCUGGAUUUCCUGGUUCUGUGGGCUCCGCGGCAAUGAAUUCUUCUGUGAGGUGGAUGAAGACUACAUCCAGGACAAGUUUAAUCUCACUGGGCUCAAUGAGCAGGUGCCUCACUAUCGACAAGCUCUAGACAUGAUCCUGGACUUGGAGCCUGAUGAAGAGCUGGAGGACAACCCCAACCAGAGUGACCUGAUUGAACAGGCAGCGGAGAUGCUUUAUGGGUUGAUCCACGCCCGCUACAUCCUCACCAACCGAGGCAUCGCCCAAAUGUUGGAAAAGUACCAGCAGGGAGACUUUGGCUACUGUCCUCGUGUGUACUGUGAGAACCAGCCGAUGCUUCCUAUUGGCCUUUCGGACAUCCCAGGCGAGGCCAUGGUGAAGCUCUACUGCCCCAAGUGCAUGGACGUGUACACUCCCAAAUCAUCACGGCACCAUCACACCGACGGCGCCUACUUCGGCACUGGCUUCCCCCACAUGCUCUUCAUGGUGCACCCAGAGUACCGGCCCAAACGACCCGCCAACCAGUUUGUACCCAGGCUCUAUGGUUUCAAGAUUCAUCCAAUGGCUUACCAGCUGCAGCUCCAAGCCGCCAGCAACUUCAAGAGCCCAGUCAAGACGAUUCGCUGAUGCCCCGCACACCUUUCCUCUAUCUUUGGCACCACCGUUCCUUCGCUGCCACCGUUUCAGGAAUUCUAUGGUUUUUAGUUUAAAUUAAAGGGAUUGCUAUCGUGGUGGGAACAUGAAAUAAACUGGAAGAAAAGGCCAUGA